GCUUUCCACCCAAGCGGGGGAGGCGGGCGGGCAGGAAGCGGAGCCAGCGCCGGCGAAAGAAAGACUCCAAUUCCCAGCCCCCCGCCCCACGGGGUGCGGGCCGCCGGCGCAUGCGCGUGGCCCGGCCCCCAAUUCCCCCAGCGAGGGAGGGAGGCCCCCGGCGGCCGGGAGGCUGCGAGCCGCGGCGGGACCCGAGCGCAAGCAGGGGCGCGGCGGCGACGAGCGCGAGCGGGGCUGCGGAGGCUAACGUCGAGAGCGUGGGGCGCCCCGCGCGCGCGCGCCGAGCCGCGUGCAGACACCCGAGGGCACCGCCGGCUUGGCCCUGAGAGGGGCCUGGCACCCGCAGCCCCCCACGCCCGAAGAGGGAUGCGUGAGUUUUCGCCCCGGCUCGAGGGCAGGAUGUGGGAGCAGGACAAAGGCUGGGCGGCGGGGGAGGAGUUGGGGACGGCGAGCCGGUGGCCGCUGCCGGAGCUCCAGCCUUGGGUGAGCUAGCGGAGUCGGCAACUUUCUGCGCAACUUUUGCAAAAAGGAAGAUAAAAAUUCUGCAAGUUGUUGCAGAGUUCCAGGUGGCCCCGGCUCCCUCGAGCAGAGGGCAAGGGGGCACCGCACCCUUGGCUGGGACCGGAGGCGACCACCGGCUCCUCUCAGCGGGGUAGGAAGGGGCGCCCAUUCGGGCCCUGGCCGGGGACGAGCGAGAAUAGGGAUGCCGCGGGUCCGAGCCGGGGAGGCGUGCUGCGGCUGCUCAAGUUGCCCGUGUCCACGCAGGGUGCGCCCUGAGAGCCCGGUAGCGUCGGAUCUCUGUGCUGCAUACCCGAUGAUGGAUGAACCGUGGUGGGAAGGGCGCGUCGCCUCAGACGUCCACUGCACCCUGCGCGAGAAGGAGCUGAAGCUGCCCGCCUUCCGAGCCCACUCCCCACUGUUGAAGAGCCGCCGGUUCUUUGUGGACAUCCUGACCCUGCUGAGCAGCCACUGUCAGCUGUGCCCCUCGGCCCGGCACCUGGCUGUCUACCUGCUGGACCACUUCCUGGACCGCUACAACAUCACCACCUCCAAGCAGCUGUAUGCCGUGGCGGUCUCCUGCCUCCUGCUCGCAAGUAAGUUCGAGGACAGGGAAGACCACGUGCCCAAGCUGGAGCAGAUAAACAGUACAAGGGUCCUGAACGGCCAGAACUUCACCCUCACCAAGAAGGAGCUGCUCAGCACAGAGCUGCUGCUCCUGGAAGCCUUCAGCUGGAACCUCUGCCUGCCCACGCCCGCCCACUUUCUGGACUACUACCUCUCAGCCUCCGUCAGCCAGAAGGAUCGGCACUGCCACAGCUGGCCCGCCACCUGCCCCCGCAAGACCAAAGAGUGCCUCAAGGAGUAUGCCCACUACUUCCUAGAGGUUACCCUGCAAGAUCAUAUUUUCUACAAAUUCCAGCCUUCUGUGGUGGCCGCAGCCUGCGUUGGGGCCUCCAGGAUUUGCCUUCAGCUUUCCCCCUACUGGACCAGAGACCUACAGAGGAUCUCAAAUUACUCUCUGGAACAUCUCAGCACAUGCAUUGAAAUCCUGCUGGUAGCUUAUGACAAUGUCUUCAAGGAUGCUGUUGCGGUCAAGAGCCAGGCCUUGGCAAUGGUGCCUGGCACGCCCCCUGCCACCACCCAGGUGUUGUUCCAGCCACCCACCUACCCCACCCUGAGCCAGCCGACGACACCAGCCCUGGCGCCAUUUCAGACCCCCGUGCAGGACCUAUGCUUGGCCUAUCGGGACUCGCUGCAGGCUCAUCGCUCUGGGAGCCUGCUCUCAGGAGGCUCUGGCUCCUCCCUCCAUGCCCUGUACCCCACCCUCCAGCCCCUGGACGUGUGUCCCGUGUCCCUCCCCACGCCCCUCAGCAUGCAGAUGGCCAUCGCAGCUGAGCCCAGGCACUGCCUCACCACCACCUAUGGAAGCAGCUACUUCAGCGGAAGCCACGCGUUCCCCACGGGCUGUUUCGACAGAUAGGGCACCUUUGGGCCACACAGGGAGCCCUUGGAGACCCACCUGGGCAGAGGACGAGGACACAGGUGAGGGGAGCUCAGCGGAGUGAGGCAGUGGGGAGGCCAUCCCCACAGAGCCUCAUUGUUACCCUUGAACGGAGAGGGUUCAUGUUCUUUUUAAAUAAAGCUGACCCCCAGCAAAACAGUCCAUGACAACCUCCCCCGAGAGCAUUCCUCUGGAAAGUGUCUUCCACAUAUGUAGCUGGGGUGCAAGGGGGUGGCUCGGCCACCACCCUCUGGAGGAGGGACCCUCUGAAUUGAGAAAGACUUGGUGAGAGGCCAGGAGACUGGAAACUGGAUGCAGACUGCCAGUCCACGAGCAUGUUUGGUUUUUAGCAUCAAAGACUUCUUUACUUCUCGCCAGUGGCAGCUACACUGAAAAAGAAGGGGACUGCAUGAUGUAUCCUCAGGACCCCAGCAGGUGCCGCAUUGGGUGCUCUUUCCCUGCCUCCAUACAGAAGAGCUGUGUGUGUGUGUGUAUGCCUAAGCGUCGGCCUUCUGAGGCACGGCAGCCGGCUGUCUUGCCUUUGUUGUCGGACCUAAAACCUUAUUAGGCCUUUUAGAUAUCUCACAUGCUGCUGCUUCCUGAAGUGACCUAGCUUUCUGUUCAGUAAGAUAUCUUGUUUACAUAGUGUAUCAGGGAUUUUACGAUACUUGAAAAUUCCUUAGGAGAGAAAAAAUGUUGAUUGCCACACUGCCUGUCCCAUGCAAGGGCUGUAGGUUCGGACCCAGCUUGUAACAACAAACAGGUAGUUGGGGAGAGCAACUCCCCAGGCUCUCAGUUCAAGAAGAUUCCACAUCUUGGAUGCUGUGUUCACCUGUAGAACUUUGACAGCCACCCAGAGGAGAAGUGGUUGAAAGGUAGACAGAGGUUUACAACCAACAACCCUAACCCCGCUCCACCAGGUGCUUACGGUAUGUGAGUUUGGCUAAUAGGGAAGGCUAAUAAUGUGGAAUGUUUGCUUCGUGCCAGCUAGAGUCGGGGAGCGGGGCAUGGACAGGGGUAUAUAUCACAAAUACAGGCAAGCAAUUGGUUGGAUCGAAAGCCAGUGUUUGGGCACCUACAGCAAGAGGGCCCUCAGGAAGACUCUCAUAACCAUGUGCAAUAUGUUUUUAUUCUGACUCAUGGCUUGUGCUAGUUGUGUUUUUUUGGUUUGUUCCGAGUCGGGGCGACACACUGUUCACCCAUCAGAACUGGGAGGUGUAAAGAACAACGGAGACAUUUUGUUUGUUUGUUUUAAGAAGAACCCAUCUUGGUUUUCUUGGCUUAUUUGCCCGUCAGUGCAGGAGACUGGCUCGGGGACUAUCAGGAAGGCGGCCGUGUGCUGCUGAAUUGGAUCCGAAGGUGAUUUUCAGAGCAGAUGAAGGCUUCGGUGUGGAAGCAGAAUAAGAAGAGGUAACGCGAAUAAGGCACCGGUGCCGCUGUGUCACAUGAGUGUAGGAAGACUACACGUUUGUUUGUUGCUUUUCUCUUUUUCCUUUGCCAACCUCCUUCUAUUUAUGUGAGACUGGUUUGGAUUCCAAGUUGUUGUGUCUGUCUGGCCUGGGACUGGGGCUUGUGAAGGGCCCUCCAGUAGAGCCUCACAGCCAGCCCAGCACGCAGAAGAAGGCGUCUUGCAAUAAACAGAUCA